UAUUAAUCUUCGUGUUCUUUGAAAGGUUGUGUCGUAUUAGCAUUAUUGCAUUCUUUUCUAACAGUUGAUGGCCUCAUCCAUUCCUUCCAUGGAAUUCACGUCUUCAUCAUCCAAACUCCAACAGAGGUACGAUGUGCUCAUCAACUUUUCUGGAGAGGACAUCCGCAAGAAAUUUGUUUCUCAUCUUGAUUCUGCCCUCUCUGCUGUCGGCUUCACCACUUUCUUUCACGAGGAGAACGCAGUGAAUGAAAUGCACAUCCAAGAACCUAUUCUCGAUCUCUAUCAAGUAGCAAUUGUUGUCUUCACCAAAACCUAUGCUCAAUCUGCUUGGUGUCUUCAUCAACUUCGGCAAAUCAUUCGAUGGCACCAAACUUAUUCCCGGCAUCUUCUGCCUAUAUAUUACGAAGUUGAGCCAUCUGAUGUACGUCUUCAAAAGGGUGAUUUUGGAAAAGCCUUCAAAGCAACUGCAUAUCAAACAUUCUCAACACAACAACUGGAGCUUGGCAUGUCCAGGUGGAGCCAAGCACUCACCAAAGCUGCAGAUUUCUUUGGAUGGGAUGAGAGCAAUCACAGGAGUGAUGCUGAAUUAGUGGACAAAAUUGUUAAGAGCGUCCUUAAUUUACCAGUUAUGUCUGCUACUAAAUUUCCUGUUGGACUACAUUCUCGCGUGGAAGAUGUGAUUCGAACUAUCAGAAGUAAAUCCACAGAAGUUUGUAUAAUAGGGAUAUAUGGAGAGGGAGGAUCUGGUAAAACCACCCUUGCCACAGCCAUCUACAAUCAAAUUCAGGAUACAUUCACGAAGAAAAGUUUCAUCGAAGGACAAGUUGGCGAAAUAAGAGGGGAUCUUCGUUUACGAGAACAACUUCUUUUAGACAUCCUAAAAGCAAAGGUGGAGAUACCUAACGCUGAUAUUGGAAGAAGUAUGAUUCGGAAAAGACUUUCUGGAAAAAGGAUGCUCAUUGUACUUGACGAUGUUCCUUACUUUAGUAUAUUCCUAGAUCUAUGGGAUUACUGUAAAUGGUUUGGUGAAGGAACUGUGAUAAUCGUUACAACAAGAUAUGAAAUCCUAGAACUCAGGAGAGGUCAACCCGAUUCUGUCUUUCGGGUAAAGCUAAUGAACGAAAAAGAGUCCCUUGAGCUUCUUAGUUGGCACGCAUUUAGAGAACCAAAACCAAAAGAAGAAUACAAUGAACUGGCAAAAAGAGUAGUUCAUUAUUGUGGAGGACUACCUCUAGCUCUUGAAGUCAUCGGAAGCUGUUUAUUUGAAAGGACCAAAGAAGAAUGGCAUAGUGUAUUGUUUGAAUUAGAGAAAAUUCCCUCGCACAAUGCUGAACAGAAAUUGAAAAUAGGCUUCGACGGUUUACGCAAUCAAAUAGAAAAGGAUUUAUUCCUUGAUGUAUGUUGUUUCUUUGUUGGUAAGGGCAGAACCUAUGCUACGAAGAUCCUAAAUGGUUGUGGGGUAGACGCUGAUAGUGGAAUAAGAGUUCUCAUAGAACGUAGCCUCAUAAAAGUUAAAAAGAACAGGAAAUUUGGAAUGCAUCCUUUGGUAGAAGAAAUGGGAAGAGCAAUUAUUCAUGAAAUUUCAAGAAAUGAGUCUUUGAUGGACAACCAACUGUGUGUUGACGAUGCAGAAUAUGUGUUGAUAGAUAAUACAGAAACAAAAGUCUCUCAGGCACUGCUUAUGAAACUACGUUCAGCCAGAAUAGAACCAUCAAGACUGCUGAAACUCGAUGGAAAUUCAGAGAACACCUCUAAGAAACUGAGAGGGAUAAGUUUGCAUGGGGUUUCUUCACAAUACGUUCCUGACGACUUUUGUCUGCAUGAUGUAAUAGCAAUUUAUUUAAAGCACUGUUUUCUACGACUCUGGAAACAACCCCAGGUUUUGAGGUGGCUAAAAGUCCUCAAUCUUAGUCACUCCAAGUAUUUAAGAGAAACUCCUGACUUUUCCGGACUACCAAGUCUUGAACAACUCAUUCUUAAAGAUUGUCCAAGAUUGUGCCAAGUACACAAAUCUAUCGGAUGUCUCUGCUACCUUUUACUGCUAAAUUUGAAGGACUGUACGAGUAUAAGCAAUCUGCCCAAAGGAAUAUAUAAGUUGAAAUCUUUAAGAACUCUCAUUCUCUCUGGGUGUUCGAAGAUUGACCUCAUGGAAAAAGAUAUAGUGCAAAUGAAAUCCUUGAUAACUCUAAUUGCUGAAAAUGCAGCUGUGAGACAAGUGCCUUUUUCAAUUGUAAGCUCAAAAAGCAUUGGAUAUAUAUCCCUUCUUGGAUUUGAGAGAUUGCCACAUAAUCUUUUUUCUUCCAUAAUUCGGUCUUGGAUAUCGCCAACAAUGAAUCCAAUAUCUAAUAUUCAUUCGUUGUGGAUGGAUACGGAUAAUAGUUGGGAUGAUAUUGCGCCAUUGCUUAGCUCCCUCGCAAAUCUUCGAAGUGUUUUGGUACAAUGUGACACCGAGUUUCAACUAUCUAAGCAAAUAAAAAAUGAUUUGGUCGAAUAUUUUUCAAAUAUUACACACUCAGGAAUUUCAAAGCAGCACUUCAGGUGUUCUUUGAUUGGUGUUGGAAGAUACCAUGAAUUCUUCAAUGCUGUCGGCGAUAACAUAUUUGAGAUUUUGGCAAGCAGAGAGUCUUGUGAUGUUUUUCUCCCAAUUGUAAAUGAUCCUUAUUGUUUGGCCCAUAUAGGUGAGGGACACUCUGUUUUUUUCACUGUGCCUCGAGAUCUUGACAUGAAGGGAAUGGCUUUGUGUAUUUAUUUAUCAACCCUUGAAAUCGUGGUAAGUGAAUGUCUUAGAAGUGUCUUAAUUGUUAAUUACACAAAGUGUACAUUCCAAAUACACUACCAUGACCCAGUAAUUUCCUUUAACGACGACGAUUGGAAUGCCAUAAACUCAAAUUUAGAAUCUGAAGAUAAGAUCGAGAUUUUUGUGAGUUUUGGUCCUGGAUUGGUGGUUAAGAACACAGUUGUCUAUCUGAUCUGUGGUGAAUCAAAUAACAUGGACAAAGAGUCUCUGCCAAAGAAACAUUCUCUCAUUAGAUUCAUAAAGAAAAUUGUAAAGUGACUUUUGGAAAGUCAUUUAUCUUCUUUAAGAACAGCGUGAUCACUUUAGUUAUGGAAUUAAUCCUAGUGUCCUUCAUUGCUAUUUCUUUUC